AUGGGGAGCUCUAGAAAGGACCUUAGGUGUUCAGUGGAGAGGAAGGGAAGGACAAGUUGUCAUGUUAGAUAUCUUAUUGGCAUAGUCCAGAGCUCUACCCUUUGUGCCAUCUUUUUUGUAAUAUUUCUAGCAAUCCAUGUUGUCACUUUAGUAAGCAAUAUCAGCAUAAUCACUUUAAUAAGAAGGUGUUCGCAGCUCCAUACCCCCAUGUACCUGUUCCUCACCCAUUUGGCUUUUGUAGACAUUGGGUGUUCCACAUCAGUCACACCCAUAAUGCUUAUAGGAUUCGUUAGAAAUGGAACAGCCUUCCCAGUUGCUGGCUGUGAAGCCCAGCUCUGUUUUGUGGUCAUGUUUGGAACAACUGAGUGCGUCCUGCUGGCUUCCAUGGCCUAUGAUCGCUAUGUGGCCAUCUGUUCACCCCUGCUCUACUCCACUCACAUGUCCCCUGGAGUCUGCAUCAUCUUAGUGGUGGCUUCUUAUCUGGGAGGAUGUGUGAAUGCUUGGACAUUUACCAGUUGUUUAUUGAGUCUGUCCUUCUGUGGGCCAAAUCAGGUAGACCACUUUUUCUGUGAUUUCUCCCCUUUAUUGAAACUUUCCUGCUCAGAUAUAUCCAUUACGGAAGUUGUUCCUUCCAUCUCUUCUGGAUCUAUAAUUGUGGUCACAGUGUUGGUCA